CUGCAGGAUUGAUUGGGUUGGAAAAGACAUCACAAGAUCAUCGGGUCCAACCUGUGGCCAAACACCACCUUGUCAAUCAGACGAUGGCACUGAGUGUCACACCCAGUCUUUGCUUAAACACCUCCAGGGAUGGCGACUCCACCACCUCCCGUGGGCAGCCUGUUCCAAUGUUUAGUCACCCUUUCUGUGAAGAAAUUCUUCCUAAUGCCCAACCUAAACCUCCCCUGGCCCAGCCUAGGACUGUGUCUGCUUGUCCUAUCCCUAGUUCCCUGGGGGAAAGCAUUAACCCCUACCUGGCUACGACCUCUUUUCAGGUGGUUGUAGAGAAUGAGAAGGUCCCCCUGACCCUCCUUUUCCCCAGGCUGAGCCCCCCCAGCUCCCUCAGCCACUUCUCAUCAGACUUGUGUUCCAGACCCUUCUGCAGCUCCAUUGCCUUUCUCUGGACUUGUUCCAGCACCUCAGUGUCCCACUGUUAUUAAGACGAGUCUUGUAUUUUGUAAGAAGAGUUUUGUAUUGAAAAGAGUCUUGUAUUUUUUGUCUCAUCUGAGUGGAAAAUCCACAGUGGAGACACUGACAUUCCCAAGGCCACAGAGCAUGGUAAAAUGUGGUGCAAUGGCUGUUUCCUAAGGGCUCACAGACUUCCCUCUCAACAGCACAGCUGAUUUCCACACAGGAAUACGUUUCAGAAUAAAACAGGAGCGGAGGUUGCAGAUUUUGGGACAGCAAAGGUUGCAAACCCAUCAGCAUGUGCUCCCAGAGCAUGUCCCCUGUUUCAAGGGAGCAGCCAAAAACAUCCUUCAGGGAUAGUGGAGUUGGGACCCACUGGUUGAAUAAAAACAUCAACCAAAACCAGCAAGUUGCAGGUUUGGAGGUGUUAAAUAUGCCACGGUGCUUUUGACGAGAUACCAAGAGGAAUCCAAAACGAGACCUGAGCUGCUGUUUGCUGCUGCUGCUUAAAACACCACCUGCCCUUUCAGCAGCUGGAGACCAUCUCUCCCCCAUCCCGUGUUGGCCAAGUGAUAAACACCAAGUGCAAAAGGUUUCUGGAGCACUUCCAAAGUAUAUACACUGUAUAAAUUUAUUAAUUACACCCCGUUUACACCCAACUUUUCUCCUGCCUUUAGCCCUCUCCAUGCAUCACUUCCCUGGUGACUUGCUGACAAGGCACCCAGCAUGUCAGAGCAGAGAAAGCAGGCAGCUGGUGCUCCUGCCCUCCCUGCUUGCAAUAUCCUGACUCCGUGUGGGCCCACAGGUCUCCAAUAAAACAGGAAUCUGUGAAAAAACAAGAGCAGCACAUCCCCAGCCAGCUUCCCAGCUCCCUCCAGCUACUCCUCCACACUACAGACUGGGAAUCCCCAAGCUCAGCACUGCCCUGCCUUAUGUCCCAGCUGUGUCUUGCCUGUAGUAUGAUUUCUAGCUAGGUGCUGGUUUCUUUAAUACAGUCAGUGACUUUAAAACAUGUCAAAAGUGUUUUAAACACUUCAAAAGUGUUUUAAACCUUCCUCCAGGGGUUUCUGCAGAUGUCACCACAGGCUGAGCAGCAUGAAAAGAGAAGGCUCCUACGUUUGCUCUGCCACGCUCCUUCUGUGGAAAACUAGGAAGGCAUUUAGGCACAAACCCUUUUGGCAAUUUAGAUUCACCAGCUCUAUCCCAGGAAUGGCCACCAUGCUUUGCAUCCUUUCAGGAAAGUUCAUGGCUGAACUGGACCAGUUAAUUUCCCACCCUGCAAAAAUGUGAGGUGAUCCUGGAGAGAAGGGGUUUGCUGCCAGUGUCCCUCCAAAGGGCUUCUGGAGAGCAGCGCAGUGUGAGAUGCUAUUCACCCAGACAUUUGCUGCAACACCCACUCCAAACACUCCUGAGUAAGCCACUGGUCUCACCAGCAAAGAUUUUUCACCCUGGUGUUAAUUCUGGGCCACUCCCACCAUUUGAGGUCUUUGGGGCCACACACCUGACAGUUACUUUCAGAUUGCUUUUCAACAACUUUGCAGAAAUCAUCUACUAAAAUCAUCUGAGUGCUUCUGAUUGUAUUUUAUUCCCCAAAGCAGGACGCAAACAGAACUUCCUUCUAGGGUCCACCAUGUUCAGAUUUAACCUUCCUUCCCAUCUCCUCAGCAGGGUGUGAUGAGAGCCGAGCAGCUGGAAACACCUUGCUCACUUCACUGUCCAUUACAGCUGACAAGCCCCGAAGAACUUGAAACGAGCCUCCUUGAUGUGACACCUCCCCUUCUCUCCUCCCCUGCCUGCGGCAAUAAAUUCAAGCACGUACUCUUUCCGCUCCCACAGGCAGCUGUGGGUCCCUUGGCACAGAUGAGGAUGGAUAAGAGGGCUCGGAGCUCUUCCAGGGAGUCUCAUAGAAGACGUAGAGAGUCCCCGGGUACGCAGAGCAAACGAGAGAAGAGGGAGAGCAGCAGAGAAGGCAGCAAAGGAAGGGGAGACAUAAAGCAGGCGAAAGCAAAAGAGACCAAGAGCACUGUGGGGACUGAUGGCAGGGUGCACACCUCCACGGUGGUGGAUGUGGAUGAGGUGGUGUCUGAGGAAGAGAUGGAGGCAAUGGCAUUGCUGGACAGCGAGCAACAAGAGGAAGGUGUAAAGUCUCCAGGUCUGGGCAUCUGUGAGUGGCUUCUGACCAUCCUGUCUUUCCUGUUCAUCAUAAUGACCUUCCCCAUUUCUGUCUGGUUCUGCAUGAAGGUAGUGCGGGAGUAUGAGAGAGCCAUUGUUUUCAGACUUGGGCAUCUCCUUCCUGGCAGAGCCAAAGGACCCGGCCUUUUCUUUUUUCUUCCCUGUCUGGACACGUACCACAAGAUAGACCUCCGCCUCAAAACCCUAGAGAUCCCCUUCCAUCAGGUGGUGACCAAAGACAUGGUUACUUUGGAGAUAGAUGCUGUCUGCUAUUACCGGUUGGAGAAUGCCUCUCUUCUCCUCACCACCCUGACCAGCAUCUCCAGUGCCAUCCAGCUGCUGGUGCAGACCACCACGAAGCGCCUCCUGGCACAUCAAGCCUUCUCUGAGCUUCUGCUGGAGAGGAAAAACAUUAGCCAGGAGAUCAAGGUGGCUUUGGAUGCAGUCACGGGCUGCUGGGGGAUCAAAGUGGAGAGAGUAGAAAUCAACAACGUGCAGCUGCCUGCUGAGCUCCGGCAGUCCCUGGCUGUGGAAGCAGAGGCCCAGAGACAGGCCAAAGUGCGGGUGAUCGCUGCAGAGGGGGAAAAGGCAGCUUCCGAGUCCCUGCGGAUGGCAGCUGAGAUCCUGUCCAGUGCCCCUGCUGCUGCUCAGCUCCGUUACCUCCAUGCACUGCACUCCCUCACUGCAGAGAAACCCGCUGCUUUCAUCUUGCCCUUCCCUCUGGAUGCCAUGAACCUGGUCUCUCCGGCUGCCCACAGCCCUGCAGCCGUGAGCAGCCUCCUCCCAGACACCACAAAGCUCCCAGAAAGCCUGAAAGACAAGAAGGACUCCCCCAUGCUCUGAGAGCUGUCCCAGAAAUGGCUCCCACACUGCUCCUGGUCAAUCCUGCUCAGAGAGGAGCAAGAGGGCUGGCUUAUUGGCAGCCCACCGUCAGGUCCUGGUCUGGAGGCAGGAGGGGAGGCAGCCCAGGCCUGCAAUAUAAAGUGGAUUGUAUGUGGAAAAAGCCUCUACUUGUUUUGGAAAGUUAAAAAUAAGGAGCAGGCCUGGCAGGUGUGUGAGCAGGAGGUCGGGGGAAGGGGGGUGUCAUCCCUUCCCCAUGACAGGGCCAGAUGCAUCCUGACACCUUAGAGCCUGGCCCCCAGAGUCUGAUCCAUUUUGUCCCAUCACCUUGACAGGAGGGACAGAAAUACAUUCUAUGUAUUUAAAUGCCCCCCACCCCCAAGCCAAACAGCUGGGUGGGUGGGAGUGGGAGCCUGGAAAUCCAUGGGGGAACAAGAAGGGGCUCAACACUCAGGUAGGAUGGUGGGUGCCUCCAGCCUCGUUGUCCUGCGAGGAGGGAACAAGCCGGGAACGAGCUGGGUCUGUGGUGCUGUCCUGGAUUUGGGAUUUCAGUCACCACUCACACACAAAUACAUCCACACACGAGCAAACAAGAUGUUUAGCCCUAACUUUAAAGUAGGAGGAAAAGUAAAAGGAGGAAAGGGCAGCCUUUGAGGCUGGUGAUUCCCUGCCCGGCACAUCCGCUGUACAGAGGAAAGGCAGGCUGUGCUGCUGCUGGCUUCCACAGGGUGGUGAGGCAGGACAACGUCUGAGCUCGCGGGCACCUAAAAACGUUAAGGUGACCCGAUUAACCAACGCCCACUGGGCUGACGAGGGGGAAUCCGGCACCACUGGGAAGAGCCAUCUGAGAACCUUGGGAACUGCAACACUGCAGCUGCCUGAGAGACAAAGGAACAGAGAAGGGACAGAGUUCUCAAUACUCCUAGAAGCCUCAAAACUCUGAUACAUCUUUCCUGACUAAAGCCGUUAGAAAUGACCAGGGACCUACAGACAUUGCAGUCCUUCCCCUUGGCAAAGAUCUAGAGCACUGUCAAACGAAAUACCCCUGCACUCACUUUGUCUGAUCCUGGUGCCCUUUGGGUAGGUGUCCCUCCUGCUUUUCACUGGACCUGCACUGUCUCCCCUGGCUUCAAAGCAGACCUUCCUGCACAGCCAUUCCCAGCACCAGUGUCCUGCUGCUGGUAAAGGCCAAGAUAGAGAGCACUUUCUCCCAGUUGCCCCCAAAUUGUUGCCAUCAUGCAUUUGUCUAGUAGGGGUUACCCAGCCACUUGCUCACUCUUGAAUUUUCCCUUAUCCACAGCUGCUGGUAACACUCACAGCUCCCAUAAUACUCAUUCUACAAGUAUCUGCCAGCCUUUUUACAGCAAGGACACCUGGAAAACCAGCCCCCUUACAAGUGGUUGGGAAGUGGGAAAAAUCCACCUGUGAACUUGGUGAUCACACAAGCACGGGAGCUCCAGGUGUAACCUCACAUCUACAUCACUCUGCCACUGUAACCCUCUCAGGAGAGGGUGGCAGGAUGGCUCCUGUGUCUGUAAUAGAUCUCAGUGGUGAUCUGCUCAUGGAAAACUAGCUCUAGGAAGUCAAACAGCUCUGUCAUCUUCUACUAAGGAACAUGAGUCGUGUGGUUACUCCUCUAAAACUGCUUCUGGUUAUUUCUCAUGCUGCUGGAAAAGGCCCCUCUUUCCCAACCUCGGGCAAAAGGGUAUAAUACUACACAGUGAGCUGCAGCUGAUCCUUUCUCUGAACACUUCUCUGGCUGCUUUUCUAAUUCCAUGUAAAAUGAUCCAUCCAGACCAAGAUUCUUAGCACAUCGAAGACCAACACCUUUACAGAUAAUGUCUCACUUUGUCAGGGCACACAGAUUACCCUGUUGGCACUUGUAUCUGCAGAAGCCAGGCACAGCUUUUUUCAAACAUUUAAUUCUUCUGCGGUUACAGGAAGGCAAAUUAUAGCUAAGAGCAUCCUCAGUUCCAAAAAGCAUGUCUUGUUCCAGCAGGAUCUUCUCUCUUUUACAUACGCAGAGCUGGGAGAAACUUGUCAUUUUACCUUCAGGAGAUAUUAUGUUCAAAAAACCUGCAGAACAUCAUUUAAAAAUGUAGUUAAGGGUUAUUGAUAUGUUUCCAAAAGAGAAUUUACUCUGAGGGAGUUGGCAAGGAUUGUCUGAGCUGAUGUAAUUCCUGACAGUUUCACUGCCUGCUCUUCCAAGCUGAGAAUGGGUCAAAUUGCAGAGUCAUCCCGAUUUUUGUGCAUUUUCUUCCUAACCAGUCAGGCAGCUGGUAUUUGGAUCAUCUGAAAUCCAAAAGAUGAAGGAGGUACUCAUUAUCAGAUAGAAAACCAGGCUAUGCUGGCACUGAGGAAAAAAACCUUGAGAGGAGAGUGAAGAGGUGCAAACAACUUACUUGCAUGAUCCAAAAGGGAUGAGGCAGAAGGAGAUAAAGCAGCAAGAAGUGAUUGAUGAGCACAAACAGAAGGGGCACAGGCAAGAGAGUUGUGGGGAGGAGAAAGUUGGGGUAGCAGUGGUAUUACAGGGAUGACAAGCUGCAUAGAUAUUAGAACUGUGGGAGGAGGCAGAGGACAAGCAAGACAGAUGUGGAAGUGGUGAAGGCAAGUAGAAGAACAGCAUAAAUGCUGAGAUGGCACAGAGAUGCUGGGGUAGUAGGUAAGGGGUGAAACACUACAAUGAA